GCACAACUUUAGGUAUCUCUCCUCUCGCAUAGCUCUUUAGGACAAAUCUCUUGUGUUUUGUUCUAUUUAGGGGUUUUCAAGUUAAAAUCUGUAGCACACAGAAGCAGAGAUGGAGCACGGUUCGUUCACGAAUGAUAGUCAUGCUUCGUUUACUCUAGCUGAAGAAGAUCACACUCUUGCUAACGCCGUUCGUUUCAUGUUGAACCAAGAUCCUAGAGUAACAUUGGCUGGGUACAGCAUCCCACAUCCUUCCCUUGAAUGUGUCAAUGUCCGAGUCCAGACAACAGGGGAUCCGGCGAGGGAGGUUUUGAAAGACGCAUGUCAAGAGCUCAUGCUCAUGAACAGACAUGUGAGGAGUGUCUUUGAUAAGGCGGUUUCAGAGUUUAUGGUUGAAUAUGCACGUUUGAAGGCUGAGAAGGAGAAGAAGAAAAAGGCUGAAGAAGAAGAGCUUCAGAAGCAGAGGGAACUACUCGACUCUAUGGACAUUGAAAGCAACUGAUUUUGGGGAUACAAAAACAUUUGUAUUCUCUAUAGCGUUUUUAUCUUUGAUUUUGAUCUUGAAACUACUUUUGUCAAACACCUCUUAGUUCUCUUGACUAAUAUUAUUAUCAAAAUUCACAAAUCCACAAGCACAAAUUGUAAACAAAGAUAAACAAUGCCCAGGUUCUCAAGGCCAAUUGAGUUUAG